UCCCCCAGUCAGAGCACCCCAGCUUGCGCCAGCCCCCCAAUACCUCGGGCAGAAUGGGAAAGGAGAAGACUCAUAUCAACAUCGUGGUCAUUGGCCAUGUGGACUCAGGCAAGUCCACCACAACUGGCCACCUCAUCUACAAGUGUGGGGGCAUCGACAAAAGAACCAUUGAGAAGUUUGAGAAGGAGGCAGCUGAGAUGGGGAAGGGCUCCUUCAAGUAUGCCUGGGUGCUGGACAAGCUGAAGGCGGAGCGUGAGCGAGGCAUUACCAUUGACAUCUCCCUCUGGAAGUUUGAGACCACCAAAUACUACAUCACCAUCAUCGAUGCCCCCGGCCACCGAGACUUCAUCAAGAACAUGAUUACCGGCACGUCUCAGGCCGACUGUGCAGUGCUGAUUGUGGCUGCAGGCGUGGGCGAGUUCGAGGCGGGCAUCUCUAAGAAUGGGCAGACCCGGGAGCACGCUCUGCUGGCCUACACACUGGGCGUGAAGCAGCUCAUUGUGGGCAUCAAUAAGAUGGACUCCACAGAGCCGCCCUACAGUGAGAAGCGCUACGAUGAGAUUGUCAAGGAGGUCAGCGCCUACAUCAAGAAGAUUGGCUACAACCCGGCCACUGUGCCUUUUGUCCCCAUCUCCGGCUGGCACGGUGACAACAUGCUGGAGCCCUCACCCAAUAUGCCAUGGUUCAAGGGCUGGAAAGUGGAACGCAAAGAAGGCAAUGCCAGUGGGGUCUCCCUGCUCGAAGCUCUGGACACCAUCUUGCCCCCUACUCGCCCUACCGACAAACCCCUGCGUCUCCCACUGCAGGACGUGUACAAGAUUGGCGGCAUUGGCACGGUGCCUGUGGGCCGUGUGGAGACUGGCAUCCUGCGCCCUGGUAUGGUGGUGACCUUCGCACCUGUCAACAUCACUACGGAGGUGAAAUCGGUGGAGAUGCACCACGAGGCCCUGAGUGAGGCUUUGCCUGGUGACAACGUCGGCUUCAAUGUGAAGAACGUGUCUGUCAAGGACAUCCGCAGGGGCAACGUGUGUGGAGACAGCAAGUCUGAUCCCCCACAGGAGGCUGCACAGUUCACCUCACAGGUCAUCAUCCUGAACCACCCAGGACAGAUCAGUGCUGGCUACUCACCAGUCAUCGACUGCCACACGGCCCACAUUGCCUGCAAGUUUGCGGAGCUGAAGGAGAAGAUUGACCGGCGCUCUGGGAAGAAGCUGGAGGAUAACCCCAAGUCCCUGAAGUCGGGUGAUGCGGCCAUUGUGGAGAUGGUCCCUGGGAAGCCCAUGUGUGUGGAGAGCUUCUCCCAGUACCCGCCUCUCGGCCGCUUUGCCGUGCGUGACAUGCGGCAGACGGUGGCAGUGGGCGUAAUCAAGAACGUGGAGAAGAAGAGCGGUGGGGCCGGCAAGGUCACCAAGUCGGCGCAGAAGGCGCAGAAGGCCGGCAAGUGAAGCGCGUGCGCCCGCGGCGCGGCCCCCCGAGGCGGCGCCGCGCCCCGCCGCCGCCCUUACCCUCGGCGCGGCCCAGGCCCCCCAACCCCCCGCCCGGCGCAUGUCUGCACCUCCGCUUGUAAGAGGCUCUACGUCAGCGACUGGAUGCUCGCCAUCAAGGUCCAGUGGAAAUUCUUCAAGAGGAAAAGCGUCCCCCGCAGCCCCGAGGCUUCCGCGUCCAGCGCUCGUUGCGCUCAGUGUCCGUUUUACCAAUAAACUGAGCAGCCCCAGA